AUGACCACCCCAUCAACGGUCCACGGCCAAUACCCACGCGUGUACCUCGUCCGCCACGGAACAACCGAAUGGAGCCAGAACGGUCGUCACACCGGUCUGACGGACAUCCCGCUUUUACCCAUCGGGGUCGAGCAAGCCGGAUUGCUCUCAUCGCGGAUAUUUGAGAACCCACAUCAGGACAUGGUCCACAUCGACAACAUCACCCUCGUCCUCGUCUCGCCCCUCAAGCGCGCCCAACAGACCUACGAACAACUACGGAAUGGAGGACUCUCAAAACAACUCCACGAGGGAACCGCGCCUUCCUGCUUCACUCGGACCCAGGCCCGUACAACCUCACUCUUGACCGAAUGGGAUUAUGGCGAUUACGAGGGCGUUACGACAAAGGAGAUUCUGAAGACGAGGCCGACCUGGUCGCUCUUUGGAGAUAAUGCGCCUGGUGGGGAGACGGUUGAGCAGGUCGCGGCAAGGGCGGAUGCAAUUAUUGAGUUAAUCCAUAAUUAUCAGCGUGGUCUUGAUUCUCAGGGUAACUCGACUUCGACGCUCAAGAUGCCCUUUACCGAGCUCGAGACCCAAUCCAACAACAAGGAAACCAAUACGCCCGCGACGGACGAAGGGAGCUUGGCGGCAGAGCACAAGACGGUGGUCACGAUUCCGAACGAGAAGGGGCGUCGGGAUGUGCUUGUGGUGGCCCAUGGACAUUUCUUGAGAGUCUUUGCGGCGAGAUGGUUGAAGGAGGAUGGAUUGCAUGGCAAGAACUUGGUCCUGGAUACUGCCAGUGUCUCCGUGUUGGGGUAUGAGCAUACCUUGGAGGAGCGGGUCAUCAAGGUCUGGAACCAGAGCAACCACCUCUGGAAGUGA